ACAAUGUCCACAAGCAAACUAAGUAUUUCCUGUUGCAUGCUGCACUCGUAUAAUAUUAGGAGGUAAAACUUUCAUUACAUUCAAAGAUCUGAAAUGAUGACAAAGCAACUUUGCAGGGGUCUAGGAGGUGCUCUAAUCAAUAUCAAGUACUUCAUAGAGGCAAAUAUUGCAGCUUCUCGGAUUUUUGAGAUGAUUCAUAGAGUUGUGGACAUUGACUCUGCAAAAGAACUAGGCAAGACCAUGUCAGAAGUUAAAGGUGAGGUGGAAUUCAGAAACAUAGAUUUUGAGUAUCCUUCAAGACCAGGGAGCUUGGUAUUAAGCAAGUUUAAUCUCAAAGUGAUGGCUUGCCAGACUGUUGGGCUGGUUGGCAGAAGUGGAUCAGGAAAAUCAACAGUAAUAAAUUUGCUUGAGAAAUUCUAUGAACCUCUUAGGGGCCAUAUCCUGCUAGAUGGUGUUGACAUAAAGACCCUUCAGCUCAAAUGGUUGAGAAGUCAAAUGGGCCUGGUAAGCCAGGAACCUAUACUUUUUGCAACCUCAAUCAAACAAAACAUCUGUUUUGGAAAAGAGGAGGCUUCAAUGGAAGAGGUCAUGGAAGCCGCUAAAGCUGCUAAUGCCCACAACUUCAUCUGUGAACUACCUGAAGGAUAUAACACCUUGGUGGGACAAUUGGGAAGUCAAUUGUCUGAAGGCCAGAAACAAAGGAUUUCCAUCGCAAGGGCACUGUUAAGGGAUCCAAGAAUCCUUCUUCUUGAUGAAGCAACAAGUGCGUUGGAUUCUCAUUCUGAGAAAGCUGUCCAAGAUGCUUUGAAUCAAGCCUCAAUAGGAAGAACUACCAUUAUUGUUGCGCACCGCCUAUCUGCUCUUCGCAAUGCGGACUUGAUUGCUGUAAUUCAAUCAGGAAAAUUGGUGGAAUCAGGCUCCCAUGAGCAACUUAUGCAAAACUUGAGCGGUCCAUACUCAAUAAUGGUGCAGCUACAGAGAAACUUCAUAGACGAUGAAGUUACAUCAAAAGCUCAAGAUACUGGAUCUAGCAGCUCUGUUGUUCUUGAUACAGGAAUUGCUAAUGCAGAACAGAAGGAUGAUACAAGUCUCUCACAAAGCUUUAGCGAUAAGAAGAAAGCCAACCAGCAGCAAGAUGAUAAUUACAGUUCCCCUUCACUAUGGCAGUUAAUGAGCAUGGCAGCACCUGAGUGGAAGCCAACCCUGGUAGGUUUCAUUGCUGCUCUUGCCUGUGGACUAAUUCAGCCAUUGCACUCUUUGUGCAUGGCUGCACUUCUAGCAGUUUACUUCACAACUGAUCACAACGAGCUAAGGUCGCAAACAAGAUUUUAUUGCUUUGCAUUUUUAGCCUUCGCUGUCUUUGCUUUCCUGACCAAUGUGAUUCAGCAUUACUAUUUUGGGAUAAUGGGAGAGAGCUUGACAAAAAGAGUCAGGGAGGCACUUUUUGAAAAAAUCUUGACAUACGAGAUCGAGUGGUUCGAUCAAGAAAACAACAGCAGCGGAGCCGUAUGUUCAAGAUUAGCCACAGAUGCCACAAUGGUGAGAACUCUUGUUGCUGAUCGCUUGUCAAUGCUGGCUCAAGCAAUUUCUUCUGCUACUUUGGCUGUUGUUUUAGGUUUGAUAUUGUCAUGGAAACUUGCGCUUGUAGCUAUUUCUCUGCAACCCUGUAUCAUUGCUGCCUUCUACAUUAGUACAACGACAAUGCAAACAAUGUCUAAGAAAAUCCUCGACGCACAGAACGAGAGCAGUGAAUUAGCAAGCGAAGCUGUUGUGAACCACAGAAUUAUUACAGCAUUCUGUUUUCAGGAGAAAGUUCUAAAGCUAUUUGAGCUUACACAGGUAAGUUCCAAGAAAGAAAGCCAUAGGCAGUCUUGGUAUGCAGGAUUUGGAUUGUUUCUCUCACAGUUCAUCACAGGUGCCAUUCCGGCUCUAACUUUCUGGUAUGGUGGAAGGCUAUUAUACCAUAAAGAGAUCACUUUCAAGCACCUUUUCCAAACAUUUUUAAUCCUGGUGACAACAGGAAGACUUAUAGCUGAGACAGGAACCAUAACUGCCGACCUAUCAAAAGGUACCAAUGCACUGGAAUCAGUUUUCAGGAUUCUGAAAAGGAGGACCAAAAUAGACCCUGAACAUUCAGAUGGUAUCAAACCAGAAAAGAUCAAUGGGGAAAUAGAGUUUAAGCAAGUUCAUUUCUUCUACCCAAAUAGACCAAAACAAAUGAUCCUGACAGGCGUAAACCUAAAAAUUGAUACUGCAAAGGUUGCUGCAAUAGUUGGAAGAAGCGGGUCCGGAAAGUCCACCAUCAUUAAAUUGAUUGAGAGAUUCUACGACACAUCAAAAGGUUCUAUCGACGUUGAUUCAAUCAACAUCAAAAGUUAUAACCUGAGGGCCUUAAGGUCGCAUAUCGCAUUGGUAAGCCAGGAACCUACUCUUUUCGCUGGAACAAUCCGCAACAACAUUGCAUAUGCAAAGGAGAACGCAACAGAAGCAGAAAUAAUCGAAGCAGCAACUAUUGCAAAUGCUCAUGAUUUUAUCAGCUGCAUGGAGGAUGGAUAUGAGACCUACUGCGGCGAAAGAGGUGUGCAACUAUCAGGAGGGCAAAAGCAAAGGAUAGCUUUGGCACGAGCAAUCUUAAAAAAUCCUACAAUAUUGCUUUUAGACGAAGCAACAAGUUCAUUGGAUGUGAAUUCAGAGAAACUUGUGCAGAAGGCAUUAGAGAGGACCGUGACUGGCAGGACAUGCCUGGUUGUAGCUCAUAGACUAUCUACCAUCCAAAAAGCUGAUAAAAUUGCUGUGAUUGACCAAGGAAGGAUCAUAGAAGAGGGCAAUCAUUUUGAGCUAAUAAAUAAAGGAGAAAUGGGUGCAUAUUUCUCACUUGUAAAACUCCAACAACUUGCUGCCAUGUGACAAUGACCCUUAUAUGUC